AUGGGGAUCUUAACUACCACAGAUAAGGAUAAAAUCAAGAGGGUUAUUCCCAAAGCUAACAAUAAGAUCUUGGAUGCUACCGUAGCUAGACUAUACAUUGCAUAUCCUGAUCCAACGCAAUGGAAAUAUACGGAUUUAUACGGAGCUGUAUGUUUGGUAGACGAUUUAGUAGGUCAUACAUUCUUCUUGAAAUUGGUGGAUAUCACUGGUCAUAGAGGUGUGAUUUGGGAUCAAGAGAUUUAUGUUGAUUUCGAAUACAAUCAAGAUAGGAAGUUCUUCCAUAGUUUUGAGAUUGAAGAAUGUAUGGUUGGAUUGUUAUUUGAAGAUACUACUGAAGCUUCACACUUCUUCAAGAAGGUCACUACUCGUCAAAAGAAUGGAUCUAAACAAACGGUUAAUAAUAAGAAUGCCAUAGCAUUGAAGAAAACCAGUGAAGCUUCCAAGAAACCUAUGGCUCCAGGCCCUAGAGGGGAAUACAUCGAUACUAACACAGGUCAAAGAUCUCGUCAUACUAAAGGUGUGUUAUAUUAUGAUGAUGUUCCACCACCAGAAUGGAGGUCUUUGUAUUCAGAAUUAGCCGCUGCUGGUAUCACAGAAGAUAUGAUUGCUGAUAACAGAGAGUUUAUUAAGGAUUAUAUAUCUAGACAGGGGGGUCCAUUGGUAGGCUUGGAGCCACCUAUCCCUAGAAGGAAGAAGAUGGAAAUUUCAAGGGUAGAUACUGUCACUAGUGUGAGUACUACUAAUAGUGGGCAUACUUCCAGAAGUAAGAAAGCACCACCACCACCUCCACCCCCGGGAGGUGCUGAUAUAUCUUCAUCUCCAGCACCACCAGAUAUUCCUACCCCCGUAGCACAACUGCCAAUUUCCCUGGCAGCUUCUGAUGUUGCUACACCAACAGAACAAUCACCUGAACCAUCACAACCCAAAAGACAAUUCAGAUUACCUCCUUCAACGGCAGUGCCUCCUCCAGUGAGUCAUAGUCAUAUACAACCUCCUCAACAGUUUAGCCAACCUCAGCAAUAUCAACAGCCUCAACAAUAUGGACAACCCGGACAACAGGCUCAACAGUAUGGCCAGGCAAGACCACCACCACCCCCAUCGAGGGGAAAUGCACCACCAGCACCACCAUCGAGAGGUCCUGUUCCUCCACCUCCACCAAGAGCCCAAACUGGUGCAAGGACCCUUCCACCACCUCCAGGAAGAGGACCUGCUCCGCCAGACAGAACGGGUCCUCCAGCACCUCCUCCUCCACGUAGAGGUAAUGCGCCACCACCACCACCAUCGAGAGGUCAACCGGGCCCUCCCCCUAGACAAGUUCCUACCACACCACAACAAAUUCCACAAAUGCAAUACCAAGCACCACCGGUACAACAGAUGCCACCACCACCAGUACAACAACAAAUCCCACCACCAGCACCACCAUUACAGAACAAUAUUCCCCCAGCACCACCAAUGCAACAAGAAAUCCCACCGGCACCACCAAUGCAAAGUAAUAUUCCACCUGCACCACCAGCACCUCCAUUACCAUCUAUGGGAUCACCUCCUCCACCAGCACCACCUUUGCCAUCAAUGGGGUCACCACCACCAGCACCACCUUUACCAUCAAUGGGCGGCCCACCUCCACCACCUCCAUUACCCUCAGGUGCUGGAGAAACCGCACCAUUACCUGCACCUGACUCCUCAAGAGAUGCUUUACUCGCUUCCAUUAGAGGUGCGGGCAUUGGGUCCUUGAAGAAAACUGACAAAUCGAAUUUAGAACGUCCUAACGUCAUUUUACAAGAAGCCAAAGGAGAGAAAGUAGAUAUCCCAUCAGCAGCACCUCCUGGUAAUGGGGCACCAGUGAAUUUCGCUGAUGCCAUCCAAAAUGCUUUGAACCAAAGAAAAGCUAAAGUUUCCAGAAGUGAUGAUGAAGAUGAUGGUGAUGAUUGGUAA